GAUGUGUUGAAUAUGACGUAGUUCAUUGACAUUUUACAUAUAAAUUUUUUAACUGACACGUACAGCUUUAUUUUUAAACACCGGGUUGUUUUUAUUUACAUUAUUUUUAAAUUCUAUUGUUAAAAUUACCUAAUAAAAUGGAGUACAUAGAAAAAGUAACCGGGUUUUUUUUUACCAAGCAAUGUAUGAAAGAGUACUUUACUAAUUUUAAUUUUUUACAUGUUGAAUGUUUCAAAGCUACGCUCAGCAAAGUACUUGGUACUGGAAUUAUUGCAGGAUCUCUUACUGUUAAAUUACCACAAGUAUUUAAAAUCUAUGCCAAUAAAAGUAGCCAGGGAAUUAAUUUUAUAAGUGUUUUAUUGGAUUUAUUUGCAAUAACUGCUAUGGGGUCAUACAGUUAUGCAAAUGGAUUUCCUUUUAGCGCCUGGGGUGAUGCUGUGUUUUUAGGACUCCAAACUUUAGCAAUCGCACUGCUGUGUUUGCAUUACAGUGGUGAAACAAUGAAAGCAACCGCGUUUUUCUUCGGUUAUAUGUCAGUGAUACUUGGAGUAAUAACUGGAAUGGCGCCUGUUAAUGUUCUUUGGGCUUGUCAAAACAUAAACAUUCCAAUAAUUCUCCUCAGCAAGUUCUUCCAAGCCCGGACUAAUUACAACAAUUCAAGUACUGGACAAUUAUCAGCAGUGACGUGCUUUAUGCUCUUCUUUGGAUCACUCGCUAGGAUAUUUACGUCGAUGCAAGAAACCGGAGACACUAGUAUGAUUAUUAUGUACAUUUGCUCCACAACAGCUAACGCUGUUAUUGCUGGACAAUUGAUAUAUUACUGGAAUGCUGGUGAUAAAAAGACUAAAAAAAAAGUUAAAAGUAGUAAGAAGCAAUCUUAAUAAUAAUUACCAGGCGCUAAUUAAUUAUUCAGUUGAUAGUAUUUACUUUUAUGUUAAUUCGAUAAUUGAAAUUUUAGAAAAUACAUCGAGUUAGACUUCCAGUUAUUUUUAAAUUUACAUUUUGUACAUUUGUUAAAUAGAAUAAAUACUAUUAGUUGUUACUUUA